AGAGUCUUUCUCCUCUCUCCGACAGCAUCCCACCGACGGUACACUAAAGCUCAAAGCCUCUCCUCUCUCUCUCUCUCUCUCUCUCUCUCUCUCUCUCUCCUUUCUCGAGCUCCAACUCCAAGAGAGAGAAGCUUUUUGGAGACAGUGAAGAGAUACGUUACUCUCUAGAUUCCAAGAACGUUACACUCGCAUGUAAAAGAGUAGAGAGAGGAAACAGAAUUUGUGCAUUGUCGUGUGGUAUGAAGGAUCUAUUUUGGAUAACAAUGGCAAGAGGAUUCAAGCUUGUCUUUGCUAUCUCACUGUUGCUUACACUUCUGGUAUUUUGCAGAGGAAGCAAGGUAGGAGUUUGCUAUGGAAGAAGUGCUGAUGACCUUCCCACACCUGAUAAAGUAGCAAAGCUUGUUCAACAACAUAAUAUUAAAUAUUUGAGGAUUUAUGAUUCAAAUAUUCAGGUUCUAAAGGCCUUUGCAAACACAGGAGUAGAACUUAUGGUUGGAGUUCCGAAUUCAGACUUAUUGGCAUUGUCCCAAUUUCAGUCCAAUGCUGAUUCAUGGCUGAAGAACAGCAUCCUUCCUUACUAUCCUGCCACAAAGAUCACGUACAUAACUGUUGGAGCUGAAGUCACAGAGAGCCCUAAUAAUGCUUCUGCUCUAGUUGUACCUGCCAUGCAUAAUGUCCUCACAGCCUUGAAGAAGGUUGGUUUGCAUAGAAGGAUUAAAGUCUCAAGCACUCAUUCACUUGGAGUUUUGUCUCGUUCAUUCCCACCGUCUGCUGGGGCUUUUAAUAGCAGCCAUGCCUUUUUCUUGAAGCCAAUGUUGGAAUUCCUUGCUGACAACCAGUCUCCUUUUAUGAUUAAUAUUUAUCCUUACUAUGCUUAUAGAGAUUCUCCAAACAAGGUAUCUUUGGAUUAUGCUCUGUUUGAAUCAUCCUCGGAAGUGAUAGAUCCAAACACUGGUUUGCUGUAUACGAACAUGCUUGACGCUCAGAUUGAUGCCCUCUAUUUCGCCUUGAUGGCUCUGAAUUUCAGAACAAUCAAUGUUAUGGUCACUGAGACAGGUUGGCCAUCCAAAGGGUCACCAAAGGAGACAGCUGCUACUCCUGAUAAUGCCCAGACUUAUAACACCAAUUUGAUCCGUCGUGUCAUCAAUAACUCCGGCACUCCUGCAAAGCCUGGAGAGGAGUUAGAUGUUUAUAUCUUCUCGUUGUUCAAUGAAAACAGGAAGCCUGGUUUGGAAUCUGAGAGGAACUGGGGUAUAUUUUAUCCAGACCAGACAAGCGUUUAUAAUUUGGAUUUUGAAGGAAGAAGUGUUGUUGAUGUACCCAAAAACACCACUUCUACCCGUUCCAAUGGGACAACAUGGUGCAUUGCUUCAAGUAAUGUUUCUCAACUUGACUUACAGAGUGCCUUGGAUUGGGCAUGUGGCUCUGGAAAUGUGGAUUGUACUGCUAUUCAGCCAAGCCAGCCUUGUUUUGAGCCAGAUACUCUACUUUCACAUGCAUCCUAUGCGUUCAACAGUUACUACCAGCAAAAUGGGGCCAGUGAUGUUGCUUGCAGUUUUGGUGGAGCUGGAGAUAAAGUUGACAAAGAUCCAAGCUAUGAUAAUUGCUUGUAUAUGACCACCGGGACCAACAAAACUGCAGCAAGUAACACAACAGCAAUGGCCUCAAGUUCUUCACACUCUCCCUCGCUGAAUAAAGUUUUUGUGUGGGCUUUCUGUUUCCUUCUUAUGACAUUCCUUGGACUGCUGAACAUUGCUUGACAUUGCAGCACGGUAAAGUCUGCCAAAUGGGAUGAAAUCCAUCUUUUUUUUGUUAUGCAGGAAGAUAUAACAAUGAGAUUUUUUCCAUAGAUAGAGCAAGCAUAUGCGCAACUAGCAUGGAAAUAUCUGCCUGCUAUUAGUUCUGUAUAAUAUUUUAGCUGAGGUAUUAGGAGAUGGCAUGCAAUACGAAUCCUUCCCUGUUAUGUUAUUUAAUUUACAUUAUAUGUCAGUUUUGAGCUUUUUAA